AUGGUUUGCAACGGACCAGCCACGUUAGAAAGAGAAUGCGUGGAAACUGUGGAAAUAAUCGUUUUGAGGACGGCAACUCUCAAAGAAGAUUGGGAAGGAAUAAAGUUGAACAGGUUCGAAAGAGCCGAAACCAGGGAGCUCACUCUGAUCUGGGAUCUUUCCUUAGAGAGCACAUCGUCAGGAACCACAGGUAUUUUUUGUAAUUGUGUUAAAACUGGCUCUAAUUGUUGCUCCAAUGACACGUCCAAUUCACUUCUAAGGAUAUCUAUAAGAUGGAGGAGAAGGUUGAAAGUAGGCUCAAAAGCUGUGUCGCUCAAUUUGGCAAGAUCUUGGCUUGAUUCCAGCACUUUUGUGAGCAACUCUUGUUUGUUUUCUUGGUCGGCUAAAGCUUCGAAACUAGCCUUGUAUUCUGUUUUGAGUUCUAAGUCUAGUGCAGCGGCAUACUCCACAGCACACUCGCCCACAAAUCUUUCAGAAACGAUAGUGAACAUGGUGUUUGAAAGAAAAGGUUUACAGGUCUUGAUGGUUGAGAUGUAUGCACUGAAAAAUUUUUUAUGGUGUUGA